GACCUGUUCUUCGCUUCAGUUGGGAAUUGGCUUUAGUUAGGGACAUGAGCCUAGCAGCAUGACCCGCCAGGUAUUCCAGUGAAGAGGCAUGAAAGCUAUCAAACCGCCUGGUCACAGGUCUACAAGUUAAACGGGGCAUCAAAGAAAAUCUAGAAAGACAGCGGAUGCGUGUUCGAAAAGAUCACAUCCUGUUGAAACAAGCGACCGGAUGCUUUCCUGAGAUGAGUUCUAAAAAACACAGCGAUUAUCGCAUGACUUCUGGGCACGUCGUGAUGGCGCGGUACUCUUCUUAGAAUCACGCCGAGAUCGUGCGGACUGCGAAUGUCAACUACAGCUUAUUAGUGAUGUCAAAUUGCUGGUGGCAUCUUUGGUCCGCGCGGGCCUGCUAACACGUUUGGAUUAGUUCCUCCGGGGACUCAUUGGCGUUAAGAUUAACGACUUAAGACGGCAGGCUUAAUGGGAGAGGUUUAAUCGAUUCGGUUGCUGAUACUGUUUCCAAUGCGUGACGUGAAUACAUAACAUUAUUGUUCUUUGUCGACAACGGCGUGUUCGCGCCAGGGGUUUUGGGUGGUGACUAAGGCCCUUCUACCCUACAACAACAGUGAUUGUGUUCUGUUGAUUGAUUAAUGUUUUCUUUACAAUGAUCCCUUGGUUAUUAGUGUAUGCGCUGCCAAGAUAAAGGGCAAGCGCUCGUUAUCUCACACGGGACGUUAAAAACCUAUUGGAAGUCGACGUAUUACGUGCUGUGCCCCUACUCUGUAUCAUUGCGACUGAGGAGACAUGAGUGGCAAGGGCUUCGCACCGAUGAAUUUGUCAGUGUUAGCGCUGGAGACUCGCGGCGGAAACACUUCGGAAGCCUUUGCCGAGAGACUGACAGCGCUUUCCAAUCAGAGUGUUCGGCCGUUGCUGUUUGACGCCAGAGAACUCGGUUGCGAGAUGUCAACGCUUUAUUACAACUGGGAAAAGGAGUUUGAGGCUUGUGUCGACAACGACACAGGGAUGGGCGGCAACUCCACGAUGUUGAGGACCCCCACCCCCUGGCCUCUUAACACCGUGAUUUUGGGGGUCAUAUUCGGCGUGAUUUUUCUCCUGGUUGGACUGGUGGGGAACGUCAUGGUGGUUUUAGUUGUAACCAAAACGCGCACCAUGCACUCGCCUACGAACUGCUACUUGGUCAGUCUGGCAGUGGCAGAUAUCACAGUUUUACUUUCAGCAACGUUGCCUAACAUUGUCAGCCUUUUCCUCUACAUAGAAGACUUUCCGUACGGCGUGGUCGGGUGUGCCUUUUUAACUUUCUUAACUUACCUUGGCGUUAACGCCUCAGCGUUGUCCAUCACGGCGUUCACGAUAGAACGCUACGUCGCAAUCUGUCACCCAAUGAAGGCUCAAACUCUGUGCACUGUCGCUCGGGCCAAGCGGAUCAUACUUAUCCUGUGGGCCUUUAGUAUAACGUACUGCGCCCCAUGGCUGGGUCUGACCAAACUAAAUACAGCGAAGUAUGUCGGGGGGAUAGAAUUAGACGACUGCAGCCUUCGACUGGAUCGUAAAACAUAUGGGAUCUACUACACGGCUGAUUUCAUCGUGUUUUAUGCAGUUCCCUUGUUGCUCACAGCGGUCCUUUACGUUCUCAUAGCUCGAAUGUUGUUCCUCAGCCGAGGGCUGUCGGCGCCCAAACCGACCGUGGUGAGAAAGUCGUCCCGAAAUGGAGAGCACUGUUUCAAAAACAAGGCCGCUACUUCACGAGUACAGGUUGUGAAGAUGCUGGUAGUGGUAGUGGCCCUGUUUGCUGCGCUGUGGCUGCCGUACCGACUCCUGGUGCUGUACAACUCAUUUGUUGUGAAGAUGCUGGUAGUGGUAGUGGCCCUGUUUGCUGCGCUGUGGCUGCCGUACCGACUCCUGGUGCUGUACAACUCAUUUGUAGACAAGCAUUUCCUGAACCUUUAUUACAUCUUGUUCUGCCGGAACAUGAUAUUCCUCAAUAGCACCAUCAACCCUAUCCUCUACAAUGCCAUGUCCAUCAAGUUCAGGACAGCGUUUCGAAGG